AUGUUGCAGCUGGGUACUCUGGCCCCGGCGUCUUCAUCAUCCUGCUUGAAGCGAAAGCCGAGCGAGGUCAUCGCGGCAGCGCGGCAGCCGGGUGGCCUCACGGCUCCAUCUCGCAGUCAGCUGGACAACAUGACGUGCCGGAUAGUGUCGUUUCAGGAUAUGGGAGACUACACCCACCAGGUGGACUCGGUCGUCCCGGUGGAAGAGCCGCUUUUCAAGGCAACUCCGCCGGAGAUUCGGUUCGCAAACUUCGAAAGCUUGCAGAACCUGGAUGCCACCCUCUGCUUGCGCAAUCAAGACAACGUGGCCAGAAGGGUCAAGAUCCUGCAACCAGAUAGCACCUUCUUCAAGGUUUUGCCUGGCAAAGGCCGCAAAAUCAACGGAGAUGGCGACAACAAGGUCGCACCAGGGAUGGAGGUUUCGUACACGGUACGCUUUACCCCGGAUCAGCAGGUUGAGGACUACUCCUACGACCUCGUCGUUGUGACGGAGCGGGAGCGCUUCAUCGUUCCCAUCCGGGCGACCGGAUGCAGUGCCUUGCUCGACAUGCCUGACGAGCUGGACUUCGGCGUGUCGCCGGUGAAGUUUGAGUCGCCCAAGACUAUCAUGGUCCGGAACGUGGGCGAAAAGGCUACCAAGUUCUUGCUGAAGGUGCCACCACCUUUCAGCACAUCAAUCCAGGAUGGGUACUUGGAGGUUGGCGAGAUUAUGCAGGUGGACGUUGUGUUCAGACCUGACAAAGCUGAGCAGUACGAGCGGGACUUGCUCAUUCUUUAUGGCGAUGGAAUUGAGGCUUAUAUGGCCCUGAAGGGCAAAGCAGAGAACGUGUCUGUGACCUUCUCGGCCAAUCAGCUUCAGAUGGAAGACACUUUCAUUGCGCUUUCAACCCAGAAAACAAUAGUCAUACACAACAACUCGGAGAUCCCUGUGGACUUUAGCUGGCGUGCUUUCCCUUCUAUACAGGAGGAGAUUGGCCAGAAGCUCAAGCUCCAGGUCCAGCUCAAGCAGGAGGAGAGUGACGAGGCUGCAGCGCUGCAGGAGUUGAGCUCGAUGGGCGAAGACUCCGACGAGGAGUCUCAGCUUUCCGAGUCCUCAGACGAGUACAUGACCAAGUGCUCCUCGCAGGGUGCUUGGCUGAAGGGCGUGGAGCUGGCGCAUGGGGCGCUUCAAAGACGAUACAAAAACAUCGCGAAGGCGAUUCUGGAGGACCCAAUGUUUUUCUACGACGAGAUUUUUGCGGUUGAGCCGCUCUCCGGCCGUAUUUGGGCGAAGUCCAAGGUGGCCAUCACCUUCACUUUCACGCCGAAGGCGGCUCUGAACUACCAAUGCCUGGCUUACUGUUCCAUUGUCGGUCGCGCGGAGCGCUUGCCGCUCUUACUCAAGGGAAUUGGCAUUGGGCCCAAGGCUGCCUUCUCUUAUGAUGAGCUAGAUGUUGGCGACAUUUUUGUGGAGUCUGUCCACCAGUACGAGGUCAACUUGAUCAAUCAAGGCGACAUUGAUGUCGAGUUCCGGCUGGUGCCGAACAACUCGCCUUUUGGCUCGAAGUUUGCCUUCACGCCAAGUGAUGGCCGCUUGGAAGUUGGUGGCCAGUGCACCAUCGUGGUUGAGGUGUGCCCGGAUCUUCUCGGGGAGUUCCAGGAAACCUUCUACUGGGAGCUGGUAGGAAGCACCUCCAAGAUAGCACUGGGCUUUCGGGGCCAUUCCGUCUCUCCCACUUUCCACUUCGACUUGGACCGCAUCUCUUUUGGCGUCGUCAGCUACGGCUUUCUCAACUCCAAGACGCUCACGCUCACGAAUACCUCAGAGGUUCCGAUGCGGUUCGCUCUGCGCAUUCCGGGGGAUGGGCGAAGUAACCAACGUGAGUUCGAUGUGAUACCGCCGAAGGGCACUCUGCUGCCGAAUUGCUCUCAGAAGAUCCAAAUCGACUUCGUUAGCCUCAACGUCAAGUCGUACGAUCUUUGUUUAGUGGUGGAUCUCGACGGUGUCGGACAGGAGUUGGCGAGUAUCCCAAUCCAAGCGCGAUGUGCAGUACCUCAAGUGGCGCUGGAGCCUUCGGAACACCUGGAGUACGGUGACAUCUUCAUCCGAUACCCCUCGCACCAGACCUUGGUGCUGAACAACACCUCGGCCUUGCCAGCAAAGUUUCAGAUCAUGCCCCAGGACGAUUCGACGAGGUCCAUUGCAGAGUUUGAGCCCGAUCAGUCCUUCGGCUCAGUGCCCCCGGCUUCCUCGCAUGUCCUCACCUUCACUCUCACCUCACAAGUGAUAGGAACACUGCAGAUUCCGAUCACCAUCCGGAUUCUCGGGCACAACUCUGCCAAUACGGUGAUCUUGAUUGCCAAUACGAUUGGGCCUAUCGUCAACAUUGAGCCAAGCGUCGUGGAUUGGGGCAAUUCACACUGCUUGGAGCCCAUCACGCGGUCUGUGUUGGUCAGCAACAACUCCGUGAUCCCAGCGUCGGUUCGCUGCAUCAUGAAGACGCGGAACUCGCUCUGGACGUUGUCUCCCAAGGCCAUGGAACUGCAACCCCACGAGUCCGCAUACCUGUACAUGACGCUGACCAUUGACGAAGUGGCCAAGAUGACAGACAUCGCGCAUGUCAUCGUGCACGAGAGUAACGACGUCGCAGUGACGGUACGUGCCAAAGGGAUUGGCACGCCUGUGACCUGCAAGGAGUCGCUGGAGCUCAUCGACUUCGGUACGCAGUACACGACUCAGACGCACUCGAGGGAGGUGGUGAUCGAAAAUCGCGGGCGCCAACCGCGAAAGCUAGUUUGGACGCUCGAGCUGCUCGGCUAG